GAAUGAUGUCCAAAGAGGACGAGGAAGCGUUCGAGGCGGGUUUAAGCAAGGUGGACGAAGUGAUGAGAAUACUCAGCCUAAUGACCAGCGGUGACAAAGCCAAGGAACAGAUGGGUGUCGCAUUUGCCGACCAAUUUCUUGGCACUGAUACGGCCACAAAGCACAAGGAAGAAACGAACGUUGAAAACUUUAUCGUUCGCGUUAAUCAGGAACGGACCGUUAUCAACCAUCCAACAUCCGACGAACCACCGCUCGAGCAACCGAUGCAGGACAAGUACGCCUUUAUGGCCGAAAUCGAACGGGACGCUGCAAGGCGUGCAGCAGAGCGGCGCGAACGAGAACAGGUUGCCCAAGGCUUGCGGCGGGCCGGUAAUCGAGCAUUUCGGCGGGGCGAAUACGAACAGGCGAUCAAUAUGUACUCGAAAGCGAUCGAUCAAAUACGCGACAGUCCGAUACUGUACAAUAAUCGUGCGCUGGCAUACAUUCGGAUCGAGCUGUACAAACGGGCCAUCAUCGAUUGUGACUUUGUGAUCAGCAAGUUGGAUGAGAAAAAUUUACGCUCGUGGAUUUUCCGUGCCCAAGGAUAUUACCGGCUGGGGGAGCUGAAGGCGUACGAAAAAAGUGUCGCCGAAGCGAGAAAACACAAUCCCCGGGAGCUCGCGUACAUCGAUCGGAUUGUGCGAGAAAUUGAGGGUAAAUCGGCAGCAAUCGGCACGGUUGGGGAGGAGCAAAUGGGAGCGACUGGUGAUGAACACUCGGGAGAAAAAAUAGUGGAAGCUGAGGUGGCGGAGGCAGCAGCAGUAACAACCACUCUGAGCCAGGAUCGGUUUGCUACGAAACCUUUACCGAUGGACGAUGUACAAUCCACUUCAUCUGGAGAGCUUUCAGAAGGUUAG